CACGCAGGGACUGAGACAUCGUCUUGUUUUGUCCCUGUUGAAUACACCCCAGGGCCAGGUGUCAAUCCCGUUUAGACUCAGAGUCGUCCAUGACAUCGUCCUGCGUGACGUACGGAUUGAACGACAUCAUAUUGUGCACGUGAGCUGCUGGGCUUUAUUUACAGCACCGUUUCGUCGUCGGUUCGACGUAUUGGAGGACAUAAACAUCGUAUUGAGAUAUCCUGUCAUCAUUCACAAUGCUUCCCCCAGUCCCAGCCCUGGCCGACUAUGGCAUUUCGCCAAGUCAUGGCUUUCUUCCUUCUGAAGCCCCUCUGGAUAUCUUGCCAGACCCCUACUACACCAAAUGGGAAUGGACAGUGUUGAACAUGCAAUCCCUACUGCUGAGUAGGAGAAUCCGUGAGGUGGUGGACCGCAUGCCGAUGCUGUCUACUGUUUACCUCGCCUCAGAAGGCGAAUGGAGGCGAGCAUAUGUUGUGUUGGGCUUUAUUCUCCAUGGAUAUGUCUGGGGUGGCAACAAGCCGGCUGAGAAAAUCCCACCCCAGCUUACAGUUCCCCUCUUCGAAGUAUGCGAACAUCUUGAACUCCCUCCCGUGGCUACAUAUGCCGGGGUAUGUCUGUGGAACUACAAGCCUAUCUUCCCAGACGAGCCACUCGACGACCUUCACAACCUGGCCUGUGUUAAUUCAUUUACGGGUUCUUUGGAUGAGCAAUGGUUCUACUUGAUCUCCGUCGCCAUCGAGGCUCGCGGUGGUCCAGCCAUCCCCGUGAUGCUGCAAGCAAUCACCGCCGCCCGCCUUGGAAACACUGUGGUUGUGACGGAAUGCUUGCAACACCUUGCCGAGAUCAUUGACGAGGUCGGCACCCUGCUGGAGCGGAUGUACGAGCACUGCGAUCCUUACGUGUUCUACCAUCGCAUCCGGCCCUAUCUCGCAGGGAGCAAGAACAUGGCCGAUGCCGGUCUUCCCAACGGUCUCCUGUAUGACAAUGGAACCGGAAAGGCCGAUUAUCGCCAGUACGGUGGCGGGAGCAACGCACAGAGCUCUCUCAUCCAAUUCUUUGAUAUUGUCCUUGGAAUUGAGCACCGUCCCACAGGGGAAGGUCGUCCAAAAAAGACGGACGACGAGAAAGACGGAGUCCCCGGCGCUCCUCGGCACGGGUUCAUCCAGGAGAUGCGCUCAUACAUGCCUGGACCCCAUCGUCGAUUCUUGGAGCAUGUGAACGCCGUGGCCAACAUCAGAGAAUACGUGGAAGAUCGAAACUCCGACAAGGCCCUGUGCAUCGCGUACGACGGCUGUCUCUCCAUGCUGCGAGUCCUCCGCGACAAGCACAUCCAGAUGGUCUCGCGAUACAUCAUCAUCCCCUCGCGCGACUCGAAACCACGAGCCCCACGAGCAUCCAGCCCGCGGCGACACGCGCCGGCCAUGAAUCUGGCCAACGCGCGGAACGCCGACGGCAAGAUUGACAACAAAAAGCUCCGCGGCACGGGAGGCACGGCGCUCAUACCAUUUUUGAAACAAGCUCGCGACGAAACCGGCGAGCCAGCCAUUGACGCAUGGGCGCGGCGCCUUCUCAGCGACCGCCCAGCCGAGUCCUUCGCUUCGCUCAGCAAAGUCGGCGAGAACCACGACGGCAAUCUAGAAGUGGUCGGACUGUCGGGGACGUGGACAGCCGCCGACAGCGAAGGAGGAAUCUGCCACUGGUGAUAGACCUGAUGAUUUGAUUGACUGAUUGAUUGAUUUAAUUGCUUUGCG